CCCCACGCCGGCCGUGACGGAAGCGCGCCGGGGUGACCUCACCGUCCAACAUGGCGGCGGCGGUAGAUUAGGGCCGCGGGUCGAAGCAGCAACCGCCGCUCCCGGACCCCGUGCGAAGCACCUGCCGCCGCCGCCGCCGCCGCCUCCUUCAUCCCUUCUGGGGCAAGGCCGGGGCCAGCAUCCUUAAAUCGACCUCUUCGGAGCUCCUUCAGCCAAUUCAAUGGCGUCCUCCACUACUGUGCCUCUAGGAUUUCACUAUGAAACAAAGUAUGUUGUUCUCAGCUACUUGGGACUCCUCUCUCAGGAGAAACAAGAAGGUCCCUCACCCCAAGGAGUUCAACUAGAUGUCGCUCCACAGUCUCUGGACCCAGAAGUUUUAUUAAAAGUUAAAUCUGAGAUUGAAGAAGAGCUGAAAUCCUUGGACAAAGAAGUCUCUGAAGCCUUUACCAGUACAGGCUUUGACUGUCACACCUCACCAGUGUUUAGCCCUGCUAACCCUGAAAGCUCAAUAGAAGACUGCUUGGCCCAUCUUGGCGAAAGAGUGUCCCAGGAUCUGAAAGAGCCUUUGCAUAAAGCGUUGCAAGUGAUCCUCAGCCAGCCAGUGACAUAUCAGGCAUAUCGUGAAUGUACAGUGGAGACUGCAGUUCAUACCAGCGGAUGGAAUAAGAUUUUGGUACCCCUAGUUUUGCUACAGCGAAUGCUUUUGGAAUUGACACGGCGAGGUCAAGAGCCCCUGAGUGCCCUGCUACAGUUUGGCGUGACGUAUCUGGAGGACCAUGCAGCGGAAUUCAUCAUUCAGCAAGGUGGCUGGGGCACUGUCUUUAGUCUUGAGUCUGAGGAGGAAGAAUACCCUGGAAUCAUCGCAGAAGACAGUAAUGACAUUUAUAUCCUGCCCAGUGACAACUCCGGGCAAGUCAGUCCCCCAGAGUCCCCAACGGUGACAACCUCUUGGCAGUCUGAGAGCCUACCUGUCUCACUGUCUGCUAGCCAGAGUUGGCACACAGAAAGCCUCCCGGUGUCCCUUGGGCCUGAGUCCUGGCAGCAGAUCGCCAUGGACCCUGAAGAGGUGAAGAGCCUGGACAGCAGCGGGGCUGGAGAGAAGAGCGAGAACAACUCCUCUAACUCCGACAUUGUGCACGUGGAGAAGGAGGAGGUGCCGGAGGAGGCACUCCCGGGAGCCGCCGCCCCCCUGCUCCCACAGACCACUACCAAGGAAGCCACAGAAGGGCGAGUUGAGAAAGGCAGCCCCACACCAUCUGUGUUUGUGGAGUUUGGGGAGGAGGAGCUGGAAGCAGCAGCCGGGAGACCUGCUGCCUUGGAGGGGGCGGAGCAGGCUGUCCAGCUGAGUGCGGAGGGGGCUGGGAGCAGGAAGGAGAGCCAAACUGGGGAGGCCACUGCUGCCGGGGGAGCCCAGGGUGCCAUGGGUGCUGAGGGCAAGGCUGUGCUGCUGCUUGGAGGGGCCGCUGCGGUAGCCAUCUUAGCGGUGGCGGUUGGAGUUGCAUUGGCUCUAAGGAAGAAGUAACGGCCUUUUCAGAGGAGAAGACAGAAGGACCUCCCUCCGGCUUUAGUGUACCCACUGGAACUUAGACCGCCAGCAGCUGGCUGGACCCUACAGGACGCUGGGGAAGUGGGCUUUCUGGGCAGUGGCUUGAGAGACUGUUCCCAUUGGCCUGCUUGUCAUCCCAAGGGCUUUGGCUCGUGCUAGAUUUGGAAGGGUAAGAGUGAAGUUCCCAUCUAGAACAGGCCUGUCCACUUGGGCAUCCUUGACCUUUCAGUAAUUCUCUGUAGGAGGCUGCCUUGUGUGUUAGGUCAUGAUCGGCAACACCCCUGGUCUCUACUCACUAGGUGCCAGUGGCACCCUACUCCCAGUGAGGGCAGCCAAAAAUGUCUCCUACAUUGCCAAAUGUCCCCCGUGGACAAAGUUACCCCCUGUUGAGGGCCAUUGCUUUAAGGGAUAGGGUUCAAUUAAGAGAAUGGGGGCGGGGCGAGAAUCUGGGGGAGGAAGCCGUGGCUGGGGCCAGCCAGCUGUUCAUCCUAUUGCAGUCUCUCGGAACAGGUGAACUCCUCUGCUCUGCAGCUGUUUUUACUCUGGUUCCCCAUUCUGUAGCGUGAGGUGCUCCUCCACAUUGCACCACCUCUCAGGUACUGCAGCAGUGUCUCACCCUGCACCCCUUUCACACCCAGCAACCCCCAGAGCUUCCCAUGGCUCCAUCUUUAAAGAUGCUGCCUUCAGGAACUUUUUAAAAGAUAAAUACCCAGGCCAGGUUUGGUGGCACCAUCUGUA